AUGGAAAACCAAAGCUGUUUUGAUGACUUAGAUUUUGAAGCCCAAGGAAAAGAAUUUACUCAACAUGAGCGAUUUGGGUCGUUUGUAAACCUCCUCUGCGACCCAGAUCUCUUUUUAGAAACUCCAAUUCCUUCAGAUGUUUUAAAAUUGGAUCCAGAAGAUAUCCCGAUAUUUGACCCACCAAAAAUUAUAAAAAACGACAAAGAGCCUGUUGAAGAGCCAGUAAAGCCUGCUGUUAUUCAACCUAAAAGUGAGCCAGAAAAGCUCUCAUUUGAAGAACGGAAGAAAAAAGUGGAGAAGUACUUGGAAAAAAGGAGAAAACGUCCUUGGCAUAAAAAAUUCGACUAUAAUGGAAGAAGAAGGGUAGCGAAGCAGAGGCUAAGAAUAAAAGGUAGGUUUAUUUCAAAGGAGCAAGCACAAUCACUAGGACUGGAUAAGAGUCAAACUUUUUAA